AUGGAUGUAGCAAUUGCGCGAUUGAAGGAGAUAGACUCCUUGGGGCCAUUUAGCCCUGAUGACACGGUCGUGUUAGUGUCGUUAGAAUUGCCUGUGCGUGUCAGUCGUGAUGCGACAACAGGUAAAUUUCAUGUGGCAUAUACCAACAGUCUUUUGAUACCGGGUUUACACAAGAUACGACGAUCGAUAGGCUGUCAGGUCAAGUUUAUAGGAUCGUGCGGCUAUUACCCAAGUGGUAUCAAUUACUCAAGUGGUAACAAUUACUCAAGUGGUAUGGAGGUUGACGGUGAAAUACGGGCAGCGAAAUAUACUGAGAGAGAGAAGGAAAGAGUGGCUGAGGUUUUAGAGCCAUUCGAUUGUUACCCAGUAUUCCCAGAAGAGUCGGAUUUGAAUGCUGUGUUAGAUUUUUGUCAGAACACACUGUCGCCAUUAUUUCAUUCGGUUAUCCACUUGGAGACGAGUCUGCAGAAGCCAUUCAAUCAGGAGUUGUGGGCAUUGUAUCAGAAGAUUAACCGUUUGUGGUCGGAUACAGUGUGUCGGGUGAUCGAGCAGGAUACGGAUUUUGUAUGGGUACAUGAUUUCCAUUUUCUUUUGGUGCCACAAUUUGUAUCCCGUAAACACAAGAAAGUUAAUAUCGGAUUGUUCCUGCAUUGUCCUUUCCCAUCGGAUGAUCUAUUCCGAUGCCUACCGGUCCGAAAUGAGAUCCUCCGAUCUAUCCUUUGUGCCGACUUAGUCGGUUUCCACUUCUUCGAAUACGCUCGACACUUCCUUACUGCCUGCAAAAAAUUAAUGGGACUCGAACAUCGAUUCAACCUCGGAGGCUUCAUCUGUAUCGAAUACAAUGGCAGACAAGUACACGUUAAAAUCGGACACGUCAACGUCCAAUAUAAGGGUAUGCAACAACAACUUAAAGACGAUCUUGAGAUACAGAAGAUCACUACCAAGUUCAAGGACGCACAUAAAAACAAAUUCAUCUUCCUCUCUAUCGAUCGAUGCGAUCAUCUUGCCGGCAUCAAAAUGAAGCUUCAAUCAUACAGACACUACCUUGAACAUUUCCCUUAUGCCAAGGGUAAUGUGACACUUGUACAGUAUGCGUACCCUCCCAGGCAUACCAACGAAGCAACAAUUAUAUUUCAAAAAGAACUCCUGGAAAUAACUGACGAUAUCAAUCGAGAAUUCGGUCAAGGAUCCCUCGUCCUACAUAUACGGCCUAUAAAACAAAAGGAAAAAUGGGCAGCACUAGAAUGUGCACACUGUCUAUUGGACGCCAGUAUCCGCGAUGGUUUGAACCUCAUUGCAUUCGAGUACAUAGCGUGCCGUGGUGCUGCUCCAGGGCACAUAAUUUUAUCGGAGUUCACAGGAUGUAGUUCAACGUUGACUUGUUGUCAGCGGAUCCAUCCAUGGCAGCCAGAUGAUGUGGCAAGUAAGAUGGAUUUAUGCUAUUCGACACCGGCUGCCAAUUAUGCGGAACAAUGGGCCCGUGAUGUCGCCUAUUUGAGUGCUAACUCAUUGGAGGCUUGGGCGUCAGAUUUCUUGUCAGAUUUAAGACGUGCCCGUAAAUCAGAUGGACGGGUGUAUAUGCGCUGCGGCUUCGCCUCGACCUACCGCAUUCUAUCACUCGAUGAAAACUUCCGCGCGCUCCCUCUACAACGUGUAGUUAAAGCCUAUCGAGCUGCCUCCCAGAAACGUCUACUCUUCUUUGAUCAUGAAGGCACACUUGCUCCGGACAGACGACAUAUCGCUGCCACACCUUAUGGUGCUGAACUCACGGCCAAUGGAGCACGACCUUCCCCUUCUGUCCUGCAGGCGCUCCGCGCACUUUGCGCAGACACCCGCAAUGUUGUCUUCGUGUUCUCUGGUCGACCGAAGGCCGCACUCGAAGAUUGGUUCGGACACAUACCCGGCAUCGGCCUCUGUGCCGAACAUGGCUUCUACAUACGCAGCCCCCAACACACCCAGAACCUCUGGCAGUCCAUGAGAGAAGAAGACCUAACCUGGAAGGAACUCGCUCUUACACUCAUGCAGCACUACGUCAAACGUACACAAGGCAGCUUAAUUGAAAACAAAGGCAGCGCACUCGUCUUCCAGUACCGCAACUGCGACCCCGACUUCGGCGCCUGGCAGGCCAAGGAACUCGCCACCUACCUAGAGGAGUUUCUAUUUGGGAUGCCGGUGGUUGUGAUGUCCGGGAAGGGGUACGUGGAAGCCCGCGUGGCAGGUGUAUCAAAGGGUGUGGCGUGUCAGUGGGUGAUGGAGCAGACUGGCGGCGUGCAGUUCGCGUUGGCGAUCGGUGAUGACAGGUCGGACGAAGAGAUGUACGUGGCUUUGUCAAAGUUUUACGCGGCGGGCGAAAACGAGCGGAAAGGCAAUUUGGGGUCACGAGAAACGCCGCGGGAGACCGGGCUUGGACUCGGGAUCUCGGGUUCUAGGUUGAAUGCAAAGGAAAGUGCGGAGGAGGCGGAGGAAGCACCAGUGUUGACGCCAUCGCCGGCGGCGGCACAUGACUUGUUCCGGUUAACGCAGACGACGUCCACCCGACAUGUAGUACAGGAAGGCGUUUUCUGCGUUACCGUCGGCAAGAAGCCCUCACAUGCGCAGUGGUACGUCAACGACACGGACGAGGUCAGCGAACUACUCGACGCACUCAUAAGCGACCAUCGCAAAGACAUCAACGUUCAACUCUUCCUGCCUGAACCCGGAACUAAUUUACUGAGUUCCGGCUUUUAA